AUGGAUAAACCUCUAUGGUAUCGGUGGCUGAAGGUUUAUGUUAUGGGUGGAGCUGUUAUCGGAACGGGUGUUUUAUUAUUUAAAUACACUACACCAACCGAUGAGGAACUGAUUAAAUCCUUGUCACCAGAACUGAGGUUGCAAUAUGAAAGAGAACGUAAAUUACGGCAAGCCGAGCAACAGGAGUUGAUGAAGAUUGUCCAGCAAACUGCCAAAAGUGACGAUCCUAUUUGGAAAACUGGAUCAAUCCAAUCACCAUGGGACAGAAGUGGAGCAGAAACUUCAAAGGAGCAGUUUCAAAGAGUUAAAGCCGAUCAGAUCCAAAAAGAAGAGCUGCAAAGAAUUAGAGAAGAACUACAGCAAAUUCGAGAAAAUAGUGCAUCAAAGACAAAGGAGGUCAUGGAGAAUCGUAAGUGGUGGAAAUUCUGGUGA